GAGCAGGGGGAAAGGAGGAGGCAGACAGAAUGGCUGCCCAGUGCCGCAGCUCCAAAUGCACCGUAGAAAGGAAAGGAUUCAGGCGGGAACUCGAUACCUGGCGGCACAAACUGAUCAACUGCGUGGGGUUCGAGAGCAUUCUGGAGGGAAUCUAUGGCCCGUUGCUGCUCAGAGACCUCAAUAUUUUUGAUGACUGUGAACCAGAGGAGCUAGAGGACUGGGCAGUGAAGGCCAGUUGUUCCUUCUGCAGCCUGCUGAUCAAUGACCAUGUCCCAGUGGCCGCCUCCCCCCUGCCCUCCCCCUCAGACGACACGCCCUCCCAAGCCCCUUCCCUCUCGGACAGCAGCCUAUCAGCUCACAGGUUCCUCCACGCUGUGUUCCAUAAGAAAGAGCUGGCGUCCAGCGGAGACCCUAACGUUCCUCUGGUGGCCCAGGAACUGAUGAGGAGGAUGGUCAGGCAGUUCGCUAUGGAGUACGCCUCCAAGACACACCUUACCACCUCUACCAUCACAGGCUCCCAGCGGUCUGACCUCGACACACCGCUAGACCUCACUGUGACACGGAACCAGGAGGAGGAACCCACAACAGCGGACAGUGUGCUCGACCUCUCCAAGCGGAACUCUGCCAGCUCCGCCUCCACGUCACCCACCAUUCACAAAGCCUCAGGGUGAGUGUCUCUCCUCUCAUUGGUCCAUAAUGUCCAUACUAGCACGCUACUUAGUAUGCAUAGCCAAUAGAUGCCGUCGUUACUAUUUACCAUGCCUUGACAAUACAAU